AUGAACAAGUCCGCACCUACUCUCUUUCGUCCAGUGGAGGAGAGACCGGAUGCAGAUACCAACCAUUUUUUCCCUAACGACGGCGACCUUGAGGCUUUUUUCAAUACUUGCCAAUCACAUGUUUCGGACUCCAUUGUGCGCUCGUUACCGGAAGGAUCAACAACGUCCGCCAUUCCUGUUGUUCCUGUCGAGCAACUAGACCUCGUCAAGAGUAUUGUCUUCCCACUUCCAGUUAUGAAACUGGACGAGUCCACCAUUGCAGGAAACUUGUCAGUGCUGCAGAGAAUUACGGAGGUCAAUCUCAAUUUGCCGAAAAUUUGGUUUGCCGACCCCAAGAACACAAUUGUCGCUGGGGAUCAGAUGACAGUGUCACGGCUGCUGACGCUCAAGGUCCACCGAUCCUUCGGUCCUGAUCCUUACCACAGCCUGUCGUGGUCCCCUGGGACCCUGGCAUCGAUUGCAUGUCUGCUGAACCGCAAGCAUUUAAGCAAGGACAAGCUCGUGUUUCACGCCGUCGAUGAGCUCUUGCGGAUAAGUUUUGAUGCGAAGGUGCAGCUGCUCUAUCAGUCUCUGCGGGAUCAUGCUGUAUCGUACGAGUGGCUGUUCAGAACGUCACAGAAAUUAUCACCAAGUCAUGUUGCUCCCAACCUUCGCCAUCGCUGCUUGGCCUUCCGUGUACUACCGCCAACACCAACGCCCUUCUUUUCCUGCGCGAUGUGGCUGUCUACAUUGAGCUUGGCGCGGCCAUCAUAG